AUGGGAAUGAAGACAGUGGUAGGGAGCUUUGCUCUGUUUGCAGCAGCAGCAUCAGCACAAUCACCCUCCGUCGCCACAUACUCCAACGAGGGUCAUAGCAUAGCCGUCAAUGUUCCAUCGGAUACAGCUUCUUCAGGCUCGGGGCCAAUCUUCUUUCAAAUUUCUGCUCCAAGUGGCACAGCAUGGACAGCCUUCGGUCAGGGAAGUCGUAUGGCUGGUUCCAACAUGUUCGUGAUCUAUUCUGCUGGUAAUGGCAACGUGACAUUAUCACCUCGACUCGGUACAGGUCACAAUAUGCCGCAACAUGACUCCAGCACUAUGGUCACACUUUUGGAGGGCUCAGGUGUGGCAAGUGAUGGCUCGUUGAUUGCCAACGUUCGAUGCGACAACUGCAACAGUUGGUCCGGUGGAUCCAUGUCUUAUACGAGCUCCAGCAGCAGUUGGAUAUACGCAUCCAGGUCCGGCAGCGCUCUUGACUCCACUGACGUGUCAGAGAGCAUCGCCAUGCACAAUUCGGACACGUCGUUCUCGCUGGACCUGACCGAAGGAACUGGUGGAAGCUCCCCAAAUCCUUUCGUUGCUGCAUCCGAAGCUCCAGCUGAAUCAACGUCUAGCAGCGCUGGUACAUCAGCAACAGCCAGCAACAGCGCCUCGGCAACAAGUAGUAACAGAGCCUCAGCAACAGCCAGCAGUAGUGCCUCAGCGACGAGCAGCAAUGGUGUUUCAGCUCCUGUGGUUAGCUCAGGAAGUGACGGGUCGGGAAGCAGCAGCUCAGGCUCUUCUUCAGGGGCUCAACGGCCUACAAACAACUCCGCGACCCUACGCAGUGCGCACGGCAUCAUCAUGUCCGUUCUCUUCCUGGGCCUAUUUCCUUUCGUGUCCCUCACUUUGUACCUACCGACAGCCAUCAAAGUGCGAUAUAUCCAUGCACCUCUUCAAAUACUCAACUUAGUCUUACUCAUUGCUGGCAUGGCAUUAGGCAUUGUUCUUGGUCAGCGAUUCGAUGCAUUGGACGGAUAUCAUAUGAUCAUCGGCUAUAUCGUUGUCAUCUGCCUCAUCUUGUUCCAGCCAGCAAUGGGUCUUUAUCAGCAUCUUUACUACCACAGAACCGGCGGGAGCUCGUUCUUUGGAGUGGCACACAGGUGGUUUGGUCGAACUAUGAUUUUGCUAGGAAUUGUGAACGGUGGUCUAGGCUGGUAUAUCGCUGGCAAUACUUCAGCGUAUGUGCCAUACGCAAUCGUCGCGGCCAUUGUUGUCUUGAUCUAUAUCUCUGUGCUGCUCUUUGCGUGGUACAAGAGCGGUAAGAAGCAGGAUCCUCUGAACGAAAAGGCUGGAUCAGACCGAUCGUACGAGAUGCAAAGAUCUCGAGAGUCGAGACAUCAACGACUGUCGUCCAACGAGUAUCCUCAAAAUGGUACUCAGUCAACGUACCAUCAGCAGCAAAGGCAAAACACAAGAUAUACUAUCGGCUCUCGUUAA